AUUUAUUAGCAAAAAUCGUAUAGACGGCGUUUUGAGUAAAGAGCAAUAUGGCAGAAGCAGACGAUGGUAGUUCUCUUCACGACGAAGAAGGGUCUUCAAGUUCAACAUUGGCAAACGUUGUCGGUCUAGGUGAGGUACUACAAUGGCAAUGGGAUCCAACAUCAAGUGGAGAUUGGGAUAAAGAAACUCCGUCUCCGCAGUGCUUGCUAAGAAUUAAGAGGGACAUUAUGUCUGUAUACAAUGAGCCACCACCUGGAAUGUUCCUUGUGCCUGAUGAUAAAGAUAUGACCAAGGUUCAUGCACUCAUCACAGGACCAUUUGACACUCCUUAUGAAGGAGGGUUUUUUUACUUUUUGAUUCGUUGCCCACCUGACUACCCUAUUCAGCCACCUCGUGUGAAGUUAAUGACAACUGGUGAGGGAAGAGUCCGAUUUAACCCAAAUUUGUACAAGAAUGGAAAAGUCUGUUUAAGUAUUCUUGGAACAUGGUCAGGCCCUGCAUGGAGCCCAGCUCAGAGUUUAUCCAGUGUUUUAAUAUCAAUUCAGUCUCUUCUUAAUGAAAACCCUUACUUCAAUGAGCCAGGCUUUGAAAAGGAAAGGAACCCAGGAGACAGUACUAGAUAUAAUGAAAUAAUUAGACACGAAACCAUGCGGGUGGCUGUUUGUGACAUGAUGGAGGGUGUGAUUAGUGGAUCUUCUAUAUGUCCUGAACCUCUCAGAGAAGUGAUGUUGCAGUCUUUUCCUGAAUUUUAUGACUACUAUAAAGCCACUGUGAAUAGUAAACUUCACUUGACAUCACAGCGAAUGUUGGAUCCUUUUGGUGAAAAGCGAGGUUGGUUUGAUUAUCAUUCACUCCAGCAACGACUGACAGCGAUUCAAACUAAAGUAGACAAGACACAAGCCACAAAACCACCAGAUGAUUCAGAAAGUGAAAGCUCUGACACUUCAUAAAUAUAAAAUGUUUAUUUUUGUGUAUGCAAAUAUAGAAAAUUAUCAUACAUUUUUUUAAAAGAUUCGAAUAUAUGUAAAUAUUUUUUUCUGUAAAAGAGAGUUAAGUUUCUGAUAAUUUUAUUAAUGCUUUUUGUUGUGUUAAUCUUUGAUACAUUUUUUAAAGAUUUAGUCUUGUACUGUUUUAUUUUAGAAUGCAGAAUUUUAUCAUGAUCUAUAAAAAAUUAAUCCCAUAUGAAAAAAAAGGAAAUAAAAAAACAAUUUUUUUAGUGUUGUGUAGAUUAAGUGAGAAAAUAUCAAAAUACUGCUUCUGUAUCUUAUAAAGUGUCUCUUUUCUUCAACUGAAUUACACAAAUAUCUACUUUUGAAGCUCAAAGUAAAAUGUCAAUCUCGCAGGUGUUGUUUAACAACCUUAUACACUCGUCUUGUCUGGGGUACAUUUUCUUUGAUACUGUUAUUUAUUAUGCACUCCUUUGUUUGUGGAUUUUUCAUAAAUGUUUGCAUGAUUCAUUAAAAUGAAAACCUUUUUGUUUUUGUCUUGACUGAACCAGAUUAUUUUUAAACAAAGUUUUUAUUGAAAACAAUUAAAAGUUUAAACACUAAAUUUAACUUUAGGUUUUAAACUUUCUCUUUUUUAUAAAUAAUAAGGUUUAAUUCAAAUCAGACAGUAAUAGACAUUAUUGGAGUUAAAACUUAUUCCAGUGUAUGCUUGUUUGAAAUAAAUGUUUGUUUUAUUACACUUUUUUUUUUUUAUUAACUUAGAUGUGUUAUUUACAUAAAGCAUUUUUUUUGUGUUCAAUAUUCCAUUUAGAUUUUAUUAUAGGAAAUGCUUCAUAACAGACCAGAUUGUUAGAGUAAGAUCUUUUGACAAAAUGUAGUGUUAAUUAUCUCUUUGGAUCUGUAAUGUAAUUGUAGUUUUCUUUUCUGUUUGAUAAUGAUUUAAUUAUUUCUUUGCAUGAUUAGAGAAACAUUUUAUUUAUCAGGGUUUACGUGAGUCAAGAUAAUUCUUUCUUGUUUUAAAAGUACACAUUAUCAUGGCCAGGUGGGUAGGGUGCUUGACUCACAAUCUGAGGGUCGCAGGUUUGAAUCCCCGUCACACUAAAAAUGCUCGCCCUUUCAGCCGUGGGGGGAAUUAUAAUGUGAUGGUCAAUCCCAUUAUUCAUUGGUAAAAGAGUAGCCCAAGAGUUGGUGGUGGGUGGUGAUGACUAGUUGCCUUCCCCCUAGUCCUACACUGCUAAAUUAGGGACGGCUAGCACAGAUAGCCCUCGUGUAGCUUUGCGCGAAAUUCAAAACAAGCAAACACAUUGUCAUAACCUGAUAAACAUGUCUAUUUUUGUCUUUGUGUAAGUGUGCUAUAUAAUGUAAAUAGUAAUAAAAAUUUAAAUGGGGCAAAAAAAACAAUACAAAUAGGUUAAAAUAUUGAAUCGUUAAGAAAUUACCAGUUUGGAAAUAGAAAAUAACAUUAAUAUUGUAAUGAAGUUAAUAUAUGAAAAAAAAAAGUUUUAUAUAACCAUAACGUAAUAAAAAUUGAAAAUGAAGGAAAUAAAACACAAGACUGAGACUUUUAAAGAGUGAUACUAAUGUUUUAGUGAUGUUAACAUAUUCAUCAAAAAUUUUGAAAUAGAAACUGCUUGUCUAACCAUUGAAAUCUUCUGUGACUAUAACAGUAAAAAAAAAAGUUGAGUAAAGUCAGAAUAUUACAAAGGGGAAGAUAAAAUGAGUACAGAGUUCAAGUUACAAUAAAUAGCAAAGAAAACUUUUAUACUCGUACAGAGAUGUUAUGAUUAAUUGAAAAAAAAUUAAAAUUAAUCAUAAAUACAGUAAUAAGUUAAAAGGUUCAAAUGAUAAAAAGUAUCAUACAUCUAGAUUGUAUAUUUAUGUGAAAUACAACUUAAGUCUGUACAGUAUGGACAAAAACUAAAACCAUACGAUAUGGGUUGAAUUUUUGUUUUUUCUUUGUGUGUGUGUGUCUAUAUAUAUACACACACACACGUGGGAUUCAGGAGUCCGUUGGAAUGGAAAUAAUUCAGAAAUACAGGGGAAUAGAUAAAUAAUUAUUAUUGGCAUGGAGUGAGGUGUUAUGAAUUUUCCCUGAAGACAUCCAAGGUCAUGUCCUUCAGAAAUCUUAUUAAUAUGUCUCACUUGUUAUUGUCUAUGUCUUUCCCGUUGAUAUUGUUGGUGAACUUCACUGAUAUUUUCAUAUGGUAGGCCCACAACAUCUCAUCCCAUGCCACAAACGGCUAUAAUUAUAUGACUGUCAAUGGACUUCUGAAUCAUGGGGUGAAAUUCUCAACAAAAAUGUGCCAGUAAUCAUGUGCACUUACAACUAAAAAGAAUUUUGCUCCAGUUUAUAGUAUAUAAUAUAAUUUACUAAAAUGUUUUUUGUUUCCCAUUCUUUUGAAUGACAAAAAAGGCAUCAUAUGUGCUAAUAUCAGAGUAGCAGCAUUAAAAUAAGUCCCAGUACUGAGUACCAGCAGAAUUUCACCUCUGUUAACACACACAUUGUUAUUUUUCAUAAAAUAAGAAACAACUAUAUUGAGGUCAAAUCAAUACACAUGCACCUACAUUAAAUUUUAUAUGAAUGUGGAUAUAUAAACCACUAGAUAAUUUUUUUGUUCUUUAUACUACUUUCCUGAAAAUAAGUAACAUUAAGUUAAAAAAAUAUUUACAGCAUAUACAUGACUAUCUGACAUAAGCCUUUCUUAUGUCAGACUUUAUGCAUCUUUUGUGUGUAUAUUUUUUUUCAUUUCAUUUCAAUAUCAGAAAAUAGAAGGAUAACUAAAAGGGAGAAUGUAAAGUUCUAUAAGCUGCAACUGACAGAAUGACGAGUGUAAAUGAAUAGUUCCUAAUUUUGGAAGAUAAUUUGGCAAAGCUUAAACCAUUGCAAUAAUUCCAUAUAUUUUUAUUACAAAUUAUAUAUCUUGCUAUUCUUCUCUACUUAAACUAACUUUUAAAUUAUGUUAUAGUAAUAGUCAUUUGUAUAAUAUUUUUAAUUGAUACAUUAAUAAUGUUACGUUGUAUGUGGAAACUAUAUCUUUGGUUAUAAAGAAAAGAUAUAAACUUAUUGUUAUUUUAAAAAGAAAACGAAGUUCAUUGUUGGUUAAAAGACUUAGAUGGACAAUUUUAGUUGAUCUGAAAAAUUUUAUCAGAAAUUUCAUCCACCUACUUAAAGAUGACAUUUUGCAGGCUCUUCGUCAUUGGACCUGAUGGAGACCUGUGCUAUAUAUCCACUUUGUUGAAUAAUCAGCUUGAAAACUGGUGGUAGAAAAAUCCUUUAAAACCUUUCAGAUGAGAUGUAAUUUUUAUUUUAUUUUGAGAUUAAAGAUUAUAUUGUA